AUGGAGGAAGAUAUCAUUAAUCCAUUUGAUUUACAUGCUAUCAACAAAGCAUUAGUUUGUCUAGAAUUGCAACGAGAAUGGAAAGCUAUCUCAACAAUCGAUCAAGUUCAUCAACUCGGUAAUCCAUUUGGACCUCAUCGUUCUUUACCAAUAUCUCAUCCUUCAUCCACACCACCACGAAGAUCUCUAUUCACUCUAUUAUCUCGUAGCUCUCAAUCGAGUUUUCAAAGUACUCUCAGACGAAAGAAACUCGAUCGUUCAAGCUCAGUCAACAGCGAAAAUAACUCUGAGAUAUUUGAAUCACGUAAUGAGAAUCAGAUUCCAAUGCUAUCUUUCCUUUUCCAAAAAUUAGGAUAUCACUUUCCAGGUCUCAGUACGGCUUCAUCCGAAUGCUGGGACAACAUUCAAUACUUUUUUCAUGACUUUAACUCUCGAAACUUCUCCACAAGUCAAGAAAGACAAGAGCUAACGAAGAGAGCUAUCAUCUCGAUGGGUUAUACUCGUAUCUUAUCCACUUAUAUUGGUUCGAUUGUUUGUUUCAUGGAUCAGUUUCCAGAACCAGCUAGACCUGAUCAUCAAUUGAUGAAAUUGGUCGAUGAACUUUAUGCUCGUCUACCUUUGAAUGAUGCCUCAAUCCGUGCAGUUUAUGAAGAAAAACACGAUACUUUUCUGGUUCACCUUCCAACUACAUCAGUGUCUUAUGGACCAAUACCAAGCUCAGAACUAAUCCGAUUCCUACGACAAAGCUAUGCAAAAGAUUUAAACAUCACUCAGCUCAACUUUAUAGAUCAGAGUUUAGAGGAAAACAUUUCGGAUCCAAACCUAACAAGCUUCUUGGAAACUUAUCGGCUCCCAUCUCUCAGUGACGAAGCCAGCGCUCUGAUCAAUAGACAUCAAAAUGAAGCCCAAGAAGAAUGGGUCCGUGCCGGUCAACUUAUCACUCAGGCCAAGCAGGGUUAUCGAGAUUUUAUUCAUCGUUUAAUCUAUGAAGACGGCGAACUGGAUCGUACUUUCGAAAUGGUGGCUCAAUAUGAUUCCCUCGCAGCUCUCACCAAAGAGCAGAAACUAUACAGAAAUGCCGAAUUUUGGGCUUCGCUUUGGCUCGCAUCAGAACUACACUUUAUCUAUGUAACAGGACCCGCAGCUGAAGAAAUCCGCGCACUGGUGAUCAAGCUUGAUAGUUUGAUGCCAUAUGAGCUUAUAAAACAAGGACUCAAGAUUGUAAAUCCUGUACUUGCUAUCAAGAGUGUGGUGACCCUGCUUCUAGGACAACCAUUCGGAGGGUUAAGUUUAUUCCAACGAAUGGUACAAAUCGUGUUGAAGAAUCAGAUUAGUACUUUUGAUAAACAGAUUGAGGUAAUUCUUGAAGAGGAAGAAGAAAAAGAAACCGUCUUGGCUGCAUUCGAAGCCUUAAAAGAUUAUGUUUACAUCUCGGGUCGGGAGAAACGGGGUGUGUGGGAUGAAUUGGAAACGAAGAAUGAAGAUAUUGUGAUGAGUAUCUUGUCACGAGCCGAUGACCGAUUAACAGUUUCACAACUUGAAACAAUAAGUUCAGGACGAGAAAAUUACUACAAAGAUCUCGAUACAGUUGGAUCAAGGAUAUUCCGUAAAUGCAGUCAAAUCUUGCGCUUGAUCAUUAGUUCAUUAACCUUGAAGCGUGAUCGAGAACACAUCAUUGAGAUGGUAUUGGAGCCGAACAACUAUAUAAUCCGGACUAUCAAGAUCUUUUUAGAUAUUUACUAUCCUACAAUCUAUCGAGUUGCAGCAGUCACUGAUCUUUCUCGGCGAUUCUCGGAUACGGAAGCGUUUAUCAAAGAUUUGAUUGAAUUGUUGAAACGGGGCUCAGUUCGGGUAGCUGAUAUGAUUGAUCUCUUGGAUAAACAUAAAGAAUCAUAUUGGCGAUUUAUUCAUGAGAUCGUUGGGCAUGAUGAUUUGUGUAAAUCAUUAAAGGAAUGGUUUCAGAAAAUCUUAAAUUUGAUCAAAGAAGGCAACCGAUCACCAAACUUUGAUUUCAAUCAUCUAGAAUCAAAUGAGCCACCGAAACUAAAAAGUUUGUUGACUGAAAUCAUUGAAAGUUCAUCUACAAGUAGGGAAGAGAUUUUGAAAGAAGCACGUUCGAUUGCUGAGUAUGAUCGAUGUGUAAAAGCGAUUGGAGAAUUACAAUCGAGAAUCGAUAUUUUAGGAUCACAAAGAUGUGAUGCUAAAAUCCAUCAAGAUUAUAGAUCAGCGUGUCAAGAAUUAAGUGAACUGGAUCCAAUCAUCAAACAACGGGUUCGGGUUGAAGAGAGAAAGGAUAUGUUAAGUUGGGCAUGGUGGGUACGAGAAGAGGAAUGGGUAGGUAGAUUAGGCAUUCAUCAGACUUUAAAUGGAAUGGAAUCGAAAGAUGAUCAAGAAAUCAUAAUCGAUCCUCCGGUCUUGUUGGUUAUUCCGAAUUUAAUUGAACAAUAUGUGAAACGAGUUUGGAAUUGA